AUGGAAGAAUUAGCUCUACAGUUUUCCGCAAUUGGUUUCGAAGAACCAAAAGUUAAAGAAAUCAUCAAAAAUAAAAAAGUUAGUGCUUCUCUAUCAAGCUUGAUUAAUCAAUCUCCAAAGGAUUACCAAUGGAAUAAAGUUACAAGAACCCUUCUACACUCAUUAGCCUCCUCAACAAAGGGCACUGAAUACCCAAAGAUGGACUUAAUCAUCAAUGGCAUCAUCAAUGGAGAUUUAAAGACAAAUUUGCAAGUUGAUGCAGCUUUCCAAUAUGUCAAGACGAAAGGUGAAGAUGCUUCUGUCGAAGAAAUGAAUAAAAUCUCCGGUGUGGGUGUCGUGGUCACAGAACAAGAAGUCAGAGGUACCAUUGUUAAAUUUAUUAAUGAUAAUAAAGGAGAAAUUGAAACUUCUCGUUAUAAGAUUGUUCCAAAACUUUUUGCUGAAAUUAGAAAUUUACCAAAUUUGAAAUGGGCAAAUACCAGUUUAUUCAAACCUAUUAUAGAUGAGGAAAUUUUGAAGUUAUUAGGCCCAAAGGAUGAAAGAGAUUUAGUUAAACCAAAAAGGGGUAAAGAGAGCAAAGCCUCAAACAACAAAGGUAACAAAAAAAAUGAUACCAACCAAUCUGAAUCGACAAAGAGAUCUAUGUUCACCGAAGGUUUCUUAGGCGACUUGCAUAAAGUUGGUGAAAAUCCUCAAGCCUACCCAGAACUACUUAAGGAUCAUUUAGCCUUCACUGAAGGUAAAGUUCACACUAGAUUCCCUCCAGAACCAAAUGGAUACUUACAUAUUGGUCAUUCAAAAGCUAUUAUGGUCAACUUCGGGUAUGCUAAACAUUUUGGUGGCAAAUGUUACCUAAGGUUCGAUGACACCAAUCCAGAAGCAGAAGCUCCUGAAUACUUUGAAUCUAUAAAGAGAAUGGUCUCUUGGUUAGGUUUCAAGCCAUGGAAAAUUACUUACUCUAGUGACUACUUCGACAAAUUAUACGAUUUAGCUGAAUUCUUGAUCAAAAGUGAUAAGGGCUACAUCUGUCAUUGUACAGCUGAAGAAAUCAAGCGUGGCCGUGGUAUUAAAGAAGAUGGAACACCAGGUGGUGAAAGAUCUGCAUGUGCACACCGUAGUAGACCAAUUGAAGAAUCUCUUGCAGAAUUUAGAAAGAUGAAGGACGGCUUUUACGAACCAGGUAAAGCCAUCUUAAGGAUGAAACAAGAUUUACAAUCCCCAAAUCCACAAAUGUGGGAUUUGAUUGCCUAUAGAGUGCUUAAUGCACCACACCCAAGAACUGGUGACAAGUGGAGAAUUUAUCCAACUUACGAUUUCACUCACUGUUUAGUUGAUUCUUUUGAAAAUAUCACACACUCCUUGUGUACAACAGAAUUUUAUUUGUCAAGAGAAAGUUAUGAAUGGCUAUGUGAUCAAGUGCAUGUAUUUAGACCAGCUCAAAGAGAAUAUGGUCGUCUAAAUAUCACCGGUACCAUUCUAUCUAAGAGAAAAAUUGCUAAAUUAGUUGAAUUACACCAUGUUAGGGGCUGGGAUGAUCCAAGAUUAUUCACUUUAGAAGCUAUUCGUAGACGUGGUGUUCCACCUGGUGCAAUUUUAUCUUUCAUAAACACUUUAGGUGUUACUACCAGUGAUACCAACAUUCAAGUUGCCAGAUUUGAAACUGCAGUAAGAAAGUAUCUUGAAGAAACAACACCUAGAUUGAUGUUUAUUCUUGAUCCAAUUGAAAUAAUUGUGGAUAAUUUAGCUGAGGAUUAUGAAGAAAUUGUUUCUAUUCCAUAUAGUAAGAAGUUUGGUGACAGAACAGUUCCAUUUACCAAAAGAAUUUACAUUGAAAGAAAAGAUUUUGAUGAAAGUGCCGAUGAAGAGUUUUAUAGACUAACUCCUAAUCAAUCUGUUGGUCUUAUCAGAGUUCCACACACUAUAUCAGUCAACAAAGUCAUUAAAGAUGACGCUGGUAAAGUUAUUUCCAUACAUGUUAAUUAUAACAAUGAUAAGAAGGAUAAGCCAAAGACUUAUAUUCAAUGGGUUCCUGUCAGCAAAAAGUACAACUCACCUGUCAAUGUUAAGGAAACUAGAAUUUACAAUCCAUUAUUCAAUUCCGAAAACCCUUCUACACAUCCAGAAGGUUUCUUAAAUGAUAUCAAUCCAAAUAGCGAAGAAGUGUAUGAAAAUUCUAUUAUCGAACAUAACUUCUUUGAAGUUAUCAAAAACUCUCCAUAUGAGAAUGAGGAUCUAAAGAAAGGUAGUGAGUUUUACGUUGAAGAAAAUCCAAAUACUAAGGAAGUGUGUAGAUUCCAAGGUAUGAGAGUAGGUUAUUUUACCAUGGAUAAAGAAAGUUCGGAUAAUGAAAUCAUUUUGAAUAGAAUUGUUGGAUUAAAAAAUUAA